AUAAGAAAAUAACAAAAACAAAAGUUUGCAUAAAUUUAGUAGUUUCUUACUUGGUGUAAAAUAAAACGGUUCUUCUCAAUACAGUAUUUGUUAUGUUAUCAUAUUUACACGAUUAUCAUCGUGUUUCAUUUAAUUAUCAUGGGGAAGAAGAAACAAGCCCAACGAACAAAAAAUAAUGCAAGGCCAUCAAGUAGCAGUCGAAGUGCUGAACUAUUAGGUUCUGCAAUGCCAAAUUUUGUUGGUUUCGCAGCAGUGAAAGAUGGUGGAUAUAUACCUGUAUUACCAGGUUUAUCACUUUGUAGCAUAAAUGAGAUAGAAAUGAGUAACAUUGAUAAUAAUUUUCAAAUAGUGUUAAAGAAAAUGAAUAAAAAAGAUGCAACAACAAAGUACAAGGCCUUACAAGAAUUUGCUGUCAUGUGUAGAGACUCAGAAUUAUCAGCAGUUGAGGGAAUGUUGCCAUUCUGGCCACGGAAAUAUUGUGCCUUAGCUAUAGAUGUAGAACAUAGAGUGAGAGAAGCUGCACAAUUGGCACAUGCAGCCCUUGUCAAACGGGUAGGGAAGGGCAUAGCAGUGUAUUUAAAACAAUUAGCAGGAGCCUGGUUUACUUCACAACAUGAUACAUACCCCCCUGCUGCAUCAGCUGCUAUCAAUUCGUUCAAUGACACAUUUCCACCAAGGAAAAUGAUUGAUGCCAUUGUGCAUUGUCAACAGGAAAUUUUAACAUAUAUCUGUGAUAACAUUACUAUUCAUACAGCACAGUCUUUGUCUUUGCAAAAGAAUCUUACUGCAGAAGAAAUGGAAGCAAAGUAUCAAAGAGUUUUGAUAACAAGUUUACAAGGUUAUAGUUUUUAUUUAAAGAAGGUUCCUGUUCAGGAGAUUGAAAAAAUGAUUGAUAUCCACCGUAAAAUUAUAAGUAAUAGCAAGUUUUGGAAGUUAGUAAAGUAUGAUGCUCUACCAGUUAAAACAGCAUUUUUUAAUGUGUUAACAUCAAUGAAUGAGAAUACUGUUAUACUGUUGCAAGAGGAAAAAAAGAGAACUGUAACAACUAUUAUGAAUAGUCUUGAUGAAACAGAACCAGCACUCUUAUCUGCUGUAUGGGAAUCUGUGCUUGUAACUAUAAAUAAAAUACAGGAUUGGUAUUGUGUAGUAAGUAUUGAAAAAUUAGUAUUACCAAAACUGUGGCGUGUUUUACGAAGUGGAGGACAGUGUUGCGCUACUAUUGUUUACCCGAACUUGUUACCAUUCAUCAGUCAGUUUCCAAAACUAAAUGUUGAUGUUUACAACUUGUACAUGAACUUUUUUAAUAAUAUGCGACAAGGAUUUUCGGUAAAAAGCGUUCAAAUGAGCCGCUCAGAAAUGUUUGCGGUAACAACGUCAUUUAUCGAAUGUUUACGUUAUUCUAUUCUUCUGAAUGUUGAUAAUCACGAUUUAUGCAUUACACUCCUCAAAGAACAGCUCAUGCCAAGUCUAGAAAUGUGUUUAAAAGAAGAUACUCCUAUGAAACAAAUUCUUUUUUGUGAAAUUACCCACUUGGUGCGGUAUUGGAGUAAAAAUCGAUAUAAUGAAGAAUAUAAAUCAUAUUCUUAUUUGAUACAAGAAUUUUGGCGCGAACUCAAAUUAUUGUUUGAUUCGAUUAUAGACACAUCCCAAAAUUUGGAAACAUUCAAUGUUCCAUAUACAAGCAAUUCUCAAAUCAAAUUCUUAAUUACAUUGAAAACAGCUCCCGUACACGGCCGUAAAAAUUUAAAAGUAAAAUUUUCAAAUCCAGAAGACGAUAUCAAUGUUGAUCGUCAACCGCAGGAUACAAACACUGAUACCGAUACUGUAUUUCUUUCUGAACUUAAUAAUUUUGUCUAUUCACUUUGCAUAAAAUAUUUCAAUAAAAUCACUGAACAGCGCAUAAAAACGUAUAUAACAUGUUUAAAUAAGCUUAUAACUUGUUUUGCAAACGAAGAACUUUUUAUAAACCCAUCAAACUCUUUCAAAGUAGAAGUAAACUUCUUCAAUGUCUAUAAUAAUGUUUUACGAAACUGGUUACUGGAUCAUUCACCAGACACUGAAUAUAUAGUAGAAUUAAUAUUCAAUUUCAUGAAGCAUAUGAAUGAUGAUGAGAAAAAUAAUAUUUUAGAGUCACUAACACAGUUUCAAGACAUUGUUACAACACGAAGUGUUAUACAAUGUGCUCUAUCAAAAAAACAUAGAAAUGAUCCAAUAGUAAAGAAAUGGUGUUCACAAUCUAGAAUAACUAGUUUAUUAGUAGAUGUAGCAAAGGUAAUUGCUUCGGGAAAUUAUUCUGAUUUAGAGAAAAACCAGAAUAUUAUUUUGUUAGCCUUUGAACCUUCUGAUGAUGGCAAUUUGUCGAUAACAGAAGAUGGCGUCAAUGAAAUUGUAUCUAUACUUUGUAAUUCAAUUCAUGAAGUGGAUAAAACGUAUUUAUUACAUUUUGCAAAAUUAAUUUCUUGUAUUGUUCCAUUAACAUGGACUCAUAAACAAUCGAUAUUGGGAGCUGUACAAGUAUUAGAAACACUUUUUGAACUGUGUUCUCGAGAUUACUUUAGUAACGAUUUCACUUUUAUUGAAACAAUGCGGGUUGUAUGGAAAAAAGGACUUCUGGAAGCUAUUAAAAAAUUAUCUCAACCAGCAUUGAUUGAGUUGACUAAUAAGUUUGCAACUACUAUGUGGAAAAAAAUAUAUAACUCGAACGACGAGCACGCCAAAGAUAUAUUGGUGGACAUGGCGGCUGAUUUUCUCGAAGUUAUAAUAGAUAACCAAGUUCACAUGGAUAAUGAUUAUGCACAAGAAAUUAUUUUAACAUUCCUAACAGAUUCUAAUAUAACUACAUGGAUGGCUGAAGUAACUGGAAUAAUUCUGUAUGGUGAAGUAAUAUGUGGUAAACUAUAUGUAUCCACUCUUGAUCAGAGGAUACAAAUUUAUCAAAAUUCCAUGUCCAUUGAUUUAACUAGUACCGCGGUAAUGGAUAAUACUGAGAAUUGUUUAAAAUGGGCAUUAUUUAAUAUAAAUGUGCUGAAUAACCUAUGCUUAAGAUCAACUAGCAGAGAUGAAGAGGAAGACGAAGACAAAGAAUCUAAUAGUGAAAAAUUGAUGAUACACAAUUUGAAUUUACCAGGAAGUACGAAUCUUUUAAUAAAUAUUAUAUACUCAAUUAUUUUGGGAAGAAUUUACACAAAUCAUUACAAAUCCACAAAAUAUUAUAGCAACGUUAGCAAAAUUUUAAUAACUGUUGAAAAUAGUUUUAAACAAAUACAAAUGCACAUUAACGAAAAUACAUACAAUCAAAUUGUUAAUCAUAUUAAAAUAAAUUAUUCAAAAUAUGGUAGUAUGUUAUCGUACAUAAUACUCUUUUGUUGCACUGAAUUAUGUACUGGCCAAAAACCAGAAGAACUGUUUAAAAUUUACAACAAUAGUAACAUACCUAUCACAGAUAAUGAAAUGAACCUUCAAGGGCAACAGAUUUUAUCAAAACUUCAAAGUUCGGAAAAUACUUCGGUAACAAUAAAUGACAUUAAUAUUCACAUGUUAAUCGUUGCAAGGAGUACGCUUAUAAACCAAGAACACAAUUUAAACUACUCCAGCAUUUUAGAAAAACUAAUAUCCUACAAGAAGGAAAACAAUAUGCUAUUACUUUUCGAUUGCGAUAUCUCUCAGACUUCCUGGGAAGGAUUAACUUUACCUCUGGAAGUUAUAAGAUUACUGACAGAAUUUGUAACGAAAGUUCCCACUAAAUUAACGUUUGAUCAGUGGAAUUUUAUCCUAAUAUCUUUGGUUCUUUGGCAAUUUUCUCUUAUUAAAUCAAAACAAAAUGCUAAUGACUUUAAAGUAUCUACACUGACAGUAGCCGUUUGUCAACUUUAUUUCGCACUUCAGAAUUUAAUGAACCGACACGAACAGGAAGAAAUAACGGACUUACCUCGAACAUUGUUAGACGAAUGGAAAAAUGUUUUUGCCGGUGAUAUACAAUAUGGAAUUAUUGAAUCCUGGAUGGUUUAUGCAGAUUCGUACGAUAAAAAGACAACAGUUUUGAAACCUAUCAUAGUGUUAGAUUAUCUAGGAAAAGCAGUGAAAAUGUUAAACGGAAGUAUACUGUUCGAAACUCAAUCGAAGAUAGCACCUUCAAUACCCGUUGAUCGAAACGACACUGUAAAAUUGUCGCUAAAAUUAUUUCAAUCUCCUGUAGCCAGUAUACAGCUGGGUGCAUAUCAUGUAUUAAAACAGGCAGUACCAGUUCUCGUAGAACAAGACAAAGCAACCGUGGAGUUAGAAAACUUUGAUGCAAAUACUUUGAACAUUAAAAAAGUAGAAGACGUAUUAGAAAAUUCUCAGAACAUCGUGAACACUACUUUAAUGGAUUUCAAAUUAUGCGAUACAGUUAGUUGUACCAUUCAACCAUAUACAGAUUCCUACACAUACACUGUGGGAUACUUACUAUCAUGGGCUAUCAUACUAGACAUGUGCGCGAAUGCUCAUGGAGAUCUGUUGUAUCAGUAUGCCGAAAUUCUUAAAGAUAAUUUCUUUCCAAGUUUGUUAAAUAACAUAUUCCGUCUAAUGCCGGUGGAGGUGCUCCAAGAUUAUAAAAAUAAAGGUGCAAAAUUAAUGGAGCUAUUUUCUACCGAACCAUCCCUUGACUUUGGAGAAAGCUGGACGGAAUGGAGGUUAGAUCAUAUAGUUUGUUGGUUAUACACAAAUAGUUUAAGACAUUUACCAGUAUUGGUACGACAGUGGUGGAGUACUGCUGACAGUAGAGUUAGUGCUGCAGUAGAUAAGAUCACGACGCAUUAUGUUAGCCCCAUGCUUUGCCAGGAAGAGCUUCUGAAUAACAAGCUACAUACUAUUGAAAACAUGCAAGUGAAGGUUCAUCCAACGUUCCGUGAAGUUGUAGCCUUGUAUCAAAUGGAUGACACAAAAUUGGAACUUAACAUCACUUUACCACCUAAUCAUCCUUUGGGACCAGUAACAGUUGAACCUGGUCAACACGCGGGUGGAACUGCAAAUUGGCGAAACUGUCAUAUGCAGUUGUCCAUAUUUCUUACACAUCAGAAUGGAUCUGUGUGGGAUGGCCUUGCGUUGUGGAAAAGAAAUUUAGAUAAGAAAUUCGCUGGCGUCGAAGAGUGUUAUAUAUGUUUCAGUAUUUUCCAUUUAAGUACAUAUCAAAUACCGAAAUUGUCAUGCCAUACGUGUCGCAAGAAGUUUCACACAGCCUGUCUGUACAAAUGGUUUAGUACAAGCCAGAAAUCCACGUGCCCGAUAUGCAGGAACGUAUUUUAAUUUUUCUGUAUUAUUUAUGAACCAAAUUUUUACUACUAUUUAAAUAAAGUAAUAUCUGUACAUAAAGAAGUUAGUAAAUGAGAUAUAUUAUCGAUAAGUUUUGCGUCAUAUAAAUUCUGUAUAUUCAAUGUAAAUUACGUAAAUGAGUAAUAAAUUUGAAUGUACAAUUA